UUGAAUAUGGGCGGGACCCCACAGGUUGCAUUAAAUAUAAUAACAGGGUGAAGGAGAUUUCUUUGUAUCUGUGGUCUGUACAGAAGUCUUGAACUGAUGUCUCUCCGCAAAACUCUCCCUGCCUUUGGGCGCGCGACUCUUGACAGGAGUUUGGUGAUCUCCACUCGCCAUCAUCGGAGUGUGCAAGCCUUACAUCCAACCAAAACAAACACAGAAGACGAGUCCGUGGACAGCAGAGAGCAUGCACCUUACAGUAACAAGAUCUCCAUUGACUUUGAACAGACCAAAGGAGCCUACAAGAGCAAAGACACUCUUGAGUUGCUUAGAAGCUUGGUGGUUUUCAAACUGUGCUCCUAUGACAUCCUGGUUGAUAAGAAUAAAGAGAUAAUGGACCUCAGCAGAAAGUUGUUGGGACAGAAUAUGUUUGAGCAGUUUAUGAAGAUGACAUUCUACGGUCAGUUUGUGGCGGGAGAGGACCAUCAGUCCAUCAGGCCUGUAGUGCAGAAGAACCAAGCGUAUGGAGUCGGGGCUGUGCUGGAUUAUAGUGUAGAAGAGGAUCUCUCACAGGAAGAGGCUGAGAGGAAAGAGAUGGAAUCUUGCAUGUCUUCAUCAGAGAAAGAAAGCCCUGGAGCUGACCACCGGGAGAAGAAGUUCACAGCCCAUCGGAAGUUUGGCGAUCGUCGUGAAGGCGUGACAAGCGCUCGUACUUAUUUCUAUGCCGAUGAGGCGAAAUGCGACCAACACAUGGAGACUUUCCUGAAAUGCAUCAAAGCCUCGGGUAACAGACCAUCUAUUAAACUGCAGGCUGAGGCAUUAACUGAGCACUUUAAGUCUGGAAGGGCUCGAGUCCGUCCGCUAAUGACCCCAUCAACAUCUCAACAUUCCUUCCUGUUGGAACAUUACAGACGUCAAAACAUUGUCUCCAUUGAGCCGCCCCAUGCAGCGUAUCCACGGCUCUGGGGGUGGAUGGGAAAGAGUGGAGGCGUUGGUGUGAGUGCUGUUCGAAAGAUGUGGAGAUCACAGGAGCUCAAUCUAAGCAAAUCACUGCCCCGUGUGGCUGUAUCUUGCAUGUCUUCAUCAGAGAAAGAAAGCCCUGGAGCUGACCACCGGGAGAAGAAGUUCACAGCCCAUCGGAAGUUUGGCGAUCGUCGUGAAGGCGUGACAAGCGCUCGUACUUAUUUCUAUGCCGAUGAGGCGAAAUGCGACCAACACAUGGAGACUUUCCUGAAAUGCAUCAAAGCCUCGGGAGUAGUUCACCCAAAAAUGGCUGCCAAGCAGGGAAAAGACGGCGUGGAUGUACUGGAGCAGAAACUGGAUCUAGAGCAAUUGCAGACAUGUCUAGCUAGACUGGGAGCUCAAGGCAACAUUCAGAGCUGCUUCACUGAAGGACGACUGCACUCAUCAGGCAUGGUGGACAUGCUGGACUGGAACCGUCUGAUCGACGAGAGAACGAAGAUAUCUGAUCUACUGGUUGUCCCGAACCUGCAGACUGGUGAGUUGGAGCCUCUUCUGUCCAAGUUCAUGGAGGAAGAGGAAAGGCAGAUGAAAAGGAUGCUUCAGCGACUGGACGUCUUGGCUAAGCAUGCGGUGGAAAAUGGCGUCAGGCUGAUGGUGGAUGCCGAACAGACGUAUUUCCAACCUGCCAUCAGCAGACUCACUGUGGAAAUGAAGAGAAUCUUCAACAGAGACAAAGCUGUCGUGUUCAACACCUAUCAGUGCUACCUCAAAGAGGCAUUUGAUAACGUGUCCAUGGAUGUGGAGCUAUCAAGGAGGGAGGGCUGGUGUUUCGGUGCCAAGUUGGUAAGGGGGGCUUACAUGUACCAGGAGAGAAGCCGAGCUGCGGAGAUUGGAUACGAUGACCCCAUCAACCCCGACUAUGAAUCCACUAACAGAAUGUACCACAGGCAAAAAAUGUUCCAAAUUCUUCCUUGCAAAUUUCACGCUUGAAGUCUGUUCCAAAACCUAGUGAGCGGCCUUGUUGUCUACAAAGGCUGCUACUUUCUAAACUCUUACUAACUGAAAUGGAGCCUCAUAAGUGACUCAUCUGACAGCUCUUCUUGGGCAGCAGCUCCAUUAACGGUCACUCACCCACGCAAAACAAAUAGAGCUAAUCGCAAAAAACACACACGAGACUCCACUAACCCUCACAGCUGAUUCCAAUAGAGUCUAAUGCAGUGUGGCCAUGGACCACUUUUCAACUCCCAUCCCCAUCGUCUGAUAUCGUUUCUUAU